AUGGUACUAAAAGUAGCUGUGGGGUCACAUGUGUGGGUAGAAGACACAGAUGAAGCCUGGAUAGGUGGAGAAGUAGUCACAGCUAACGAUGAAGAUCUCGAAGUCAUCUGCCAAACCAAGACGGUUGUGGCAAAGGUAAAUGCAGUCUACCCCAAAGACCCUGAGUUUCCUGAACUUGGCGUUGACGACAUGACAAAGCUUGCGUAUUUGCAUGAACCAGGAGUUCUUCUCAACCUCAAAUCCCGCUACAAUGCAAAUGAGAUAUAUACAUACACAGGGAAUAUACUGAUAGCUGUGAAUCCCUUUAAAAGAUUACCUCACCUAUACGGAAAUGAGAUUAUGGAGCAAUAUAAAGGCUCAGACUUCGGAGAGUUAAGCCCACAUCCUUUUGCAGUUGCUGAUUCUGCAUACAGAAAAAUGAUCAACGAGGGAGUAAGCCAGGCGAUCUUGGUGAGUGGAGAGAGCGGUGCUGGGAAGACAGAGAGCACAAAGAUGCUCAUGCAGUAUCUUGCAUACAUGGGUGGUAAAGCUGAGAGUGAAGGACGAUCUGUUGAACAGCAAGUUUUGGAGUCAAAUCCAGUUUUAGAAGCUUUUGGUAAUGCAAAAACCGAAAUUGAGCGGUAUAAGUUAGGGAAACCAAGCACAUUUCACUACCUAAACCAAUCGAAUUGCUAUGCAUUGAGUGCACUUGAUGAUUCCAAGGAGUAUUUAGCUACGAGGAAAGCUAUGGAAGUUGUUGGGAUUAGCUCUGAAGAGCAGGAUGCAAUUUUCCGGAUAGUUGCUGCUAUCCUUCAUCUAGGAAACAUAGAGUUUGCAAAGGGGGAAGAAUCAGAUGCUGCAGAACCUAAGGACGAUAAAUCCCGGUUCCAUCUAAAAGUCGCUGCAGAACUUUUCAUGUGUGAUGAGAAAGCUCUAGAGGACUCCUUGUGCAAAAGGGUGAUGGUGACUCGUGGUGAAAGUAUUACAAAGUCGCUUGAUCCUGGUGGUGCAGCUCUAAGCAGAGAUGCUCUUGCCAAGAUUGUCUAUUCUAAGUUGUUUGAUUGGCUUGUGACGAAGAUCAAUAAUUCCAUUGGGCAAGAUCCAAGCUCAAAAUACAUAAUCGGAGUCCUGGAUAUUUAUGGAUUCGAGAGUUUCAAGACAAACAGUUUUGAACAGUUUUGUAUAAACCUGACAAAUGAGAAGCUGCAACAGCAUUUCAACCAGCAUGUGUUCAAAAUGGAGCAAGAAGAGUAUACUAAAGAAGAGAUUGACUGGAGUUACAUAGAGUUCAUUGAUAAUCAGGAUGUCCUUGAUCUCAUAGAAAAGAAACCUGGUGGCAUUAUUGCUCUUAUCGAUGAGGCUUGUAUGUUUCCAAGAUCAACACAUGAUACACUUGCGCAAAAGCUAUACCAGACAUUUAAUAGCCACAAGCGUUUUACCAAACCAAAACUUGCUCGUACAGACUUUACCAUCUGCCAUUAUGCUGGUGAUGUCACUUAUCAAACUGAGCUGUUUUUAGACAAGAACAAAGACUAUGUUGUUGGAGAACAUCAAUCUCUCAUGAACUCUUCAGACUGCUCCUUUGUCUCAUCUUUGUUUCCAAAAUCGCGAGAGGAAUCCUCAAAAUCAUCAAAGUUCUCAUCAAUAGGCUCUCAAUUCAAGCAACAACUACAGUCUUUGCUCGAGACGUUGAACACAACAGAGCCGCACUACAUACGUUGCGUUAAACCAAAUAACGUUCUUAAGCCAGAAAUUUUCGAGAACGUUAACGUUCUGCAUCAACUUAGGUGUGGGGGGGUCAUGGAAGCCAUUAGGAUUAGUUGUGCUGGAUAUCCUACUAGAAAGCCUUUCCAUGAGUUUUUAACUAGGUUCCGGAUUUUGGGACCUGAGGCUACGAAUAGAAGCUUUGACGAAGUCGAUGCAUGCAAAAAGCUACUAGCGAAAGUAGACCUAAAAGGUUUUCAGAUAGGGAAGACAAAGGUGUUUCUUAGGGCAGGUCAGAUGGCAGAACUGGAUGCUCACCGAGCUGAAGUCCUUGGCCAUUCAGCAAGGAUCAUUCAGAGGAAAGUCCUUACUUAUCAGUCACGUCAAAAAUAUCUUCUGUUGCAGUCUGCUUCAACUGUAAUCCAAGCCUUUUGUAGAGGACAUGUUGCACGCCUUCACUUUGAGGCCAUGAGAAGAGAAACCGCAUCUCUGAGAAUUCAGAAGCAGGCUCGGACAUAUAUAUCCCAAACAGCCUAUAAAAAUCUCUGUGUUUCAGCUAUCUCUGUUCAGACCGGCCUGCGUGCAAUGGCUGCUCGUAGCCAAAUCAGAAGAUGUUUGUGUCGGCGGCGGUAUUUAAGAGUGAAGAAAGCAGCUAUUACCACUCAGUGUGGCUGGAGAGUGAAAGUCGCACGACGAGAAUUGUGGAAGCUUAAAAUGGCUGCUAAGGAAACAGGAGCUCUCCAAGACGCAAAGACUAAGUUAGAGAAGGAAUUGGAAGAACUCACUUCAUGCUUAGAGAUUGAGAAACAGAUGAGGAUGGAGCUUGAGGAAGCCAAAGAUCAAGAAGUCGAAGAGUUGAGAGCAGCUUUAAGUGAUAUGAAACUUCAGCUUGGGGAAACUCAAGAAACCAAAAGUGAGGAGAUCUUAAAGUUGCAGUCCGCUUUACAAGACAUGCAGUUAGAGUUUGAGGAACUUGCUAAGGAUCUCGAGAUGACGCAUGAUCUUGCUGCAGAAAAUGAACAUCUCAAGGACUUGGUGAGCUCAUUACAAAGGAAAAGUGAUGAAUCCGAGACUCAAUAUGAAGAAACAGGUAAGCUAAGUGAAGAGCGAGUAAAACAGGAGGUUCCUGUCAUUGAGCAAGAUGUAAUCAUCAAUCUCGAAGCUGAAAAUCAACAAUUGAAGGCGUUGGUAAGUUCAUUGGAGAAGAAAAUCGAUGCAUUAGACCGAGAACACGGAGAAACAAGCUCAAACAUCACAGAGAUGUUGAAGGAGAGUGCUUCAUCGGAUUAUGAGACCGUGAGUAACCUUGCAGCUGAGAAUGAACGUCUCAAGGCACUGGUGAGUUCGUUAGUGAAGGAAGAUGAUGAAAGUGAUGGGAAUGAUUCAUCAAACGAGCAAAAAGAGGGGAUACAAAUGCAGGAAGAAGAGAGCUUAACAGAGGAUAUUUCGUCUGAUAAUGAAAUGACCAAGAAGCUUGCUGCUGAAAACAAAGAAUUAUAUGAACUGGUAGAAUUGAUGGAAAAGAAAAUAGAAGAAACAGAGAAGAAGUAUGAGGAAGCAAAUAGACUUUGUGAAGAGAGGCUUAAGCAGGUUAUAGACACAGAGACAAAACUAAUAGAGUUAAAAACAACUAUGCAGAGUCUCCAGGAAAAGGUCUCUGACAUGGAAGCAGAAGACAAAAUCCUUCGACAGCAAGCACUGAUUAAUUCAGCUUCCCGGAAAAUGUCACCCCAAGUGUCAUUUACUGGACCUACGGAAAAGUUUGCUCCUAUACCAUCAGGGAGGUUCGGGACAAUGUCUUUUAGACGACCUCAGACUGAACGACAACCCCAUGAAUAUGUUGACGUGCUUCUCAAGUUUGUUUCACAAAAUGUCGGUUUCAGCCAUGGAAAGCCUGUUGCAGCAUUUACAAUAUACAAAUGUUUUAUACACUGGAAACUAUUCGAAGCAGAGAAAACCAGUAUCUUUGAUCGUCUUGUUCCUGUAUUUGGCUCCGCUAUAGAGAAUCCGGAAGAUGAUGAUCUGUUGACUUACUGGCUAACAAACACAUCUACGCUACUGUUCUUGCUUCAAAGAAGCUUGAAAACACAUAGCACAACCAGUGCAAGUCCGAAGAAACCUCCUCAACCUACUUCAUUUUUUGGGAGGAUGACACAAGGUUUCCGUUCAACAUCUUCGGCUAGCCUUUCAGGUGACGUAGUGCAACAAGUAGAUGCAAGACAGCCUGCUUUACUUUUCAAGCAGCAGCUUACAGCUUACGUUGAAACGAUUUAUGGAAUAGUUCAAGAGAAUGUUAAAAGAGAACUAGAGCCUGCGCUUUCUUCCUGCAUUCAGGGACUGAAAGAUUCAUCACAUGAGUCCUCUGCAGAGAAUUUACCAGCCGAGUCCUCUGAACAGAACUCACCAGCAAAGCCAACUGCAGAGAAUCCACCGGAAAAACUGUCUGAAGAUCAUUCACCAGCAAAGCCAUCUGAAGAGAUUCCACCGGAAAAGCUAUCUGAAAAUAACUCACCAGAAAAGCCAUCUGAAGAGAAUCCACAGGCAAAGCCAUCCGCAGAGAAGCCAUCUGAAGAGAAAUCACCAGCGAAAGCUCGGCAAGGCACUGUAGAUCUUUUGAAUCGGCUUCUCGGCACACUGAAGAAAAACUACGUUCCUGUGUUUCUUGCUCAGAAGAUAUUCAGCCAAACAUUCCAAGGCAUCAACGUUCAAGUCUUUAACAGCCUUAUGCAACGAGAAUGCUGCACAUUCAACAUGGGCAAAAAGGUGAAUGCUUGGCUAAAUGAACUAGAAUCAUGGUGUAGCCAGGCAACUGAAGAGUUAAUAGGAUCUUCAUGGGAUGAACUCAAACACACAAGACAAGCCGUGCUGCUCCUGAACAGAAGUCCACAAUUACAUAUGAUGAUCUUACAACUAACAUCUGCUCGGCUCUUAGUACUCAGCAAUUGUAUAGAAUAUGUACCCUCUGCAAAUCUGAUGACCACGAGGGUCAGAAUGUAUCUCCAGACCAUCCCCUUUACAGCCGAUGAAAUCUCCAACUGUAUGCAAGAAAAGGACUUUGCCAAUGUAAAACCAGCGAUCGAACUCGCUGAUAACCCUAACUUCCAGUUUCUAAAGGACUGAGACCUCUUUAUCCGUUCUUCAUCUCACCACUGACACGACUAUUUAUGGCAAUGAAACCAAUUGUAUUUGUAUAGUAGUCCCUUGCACAGAUUUACGGUAUGUAGAAUCAUCGAUAGGUUUGGUCGCGUAGGGUUGAUCAGAGGGCAUCUUGAGCUCAUGUGUAGGUUUAUACUCUUCAGGGUGGUUAGGUUUAAAGCCAGCCACUAUUUUACUUGUAGGCCAAGAAACCUCUCUAUGUAUAACUAACUUUGGUUGUAACUGGUGACCAUAAGGAAUGGAAGGGAAUACUAAAUUCCUUAUCAUUCCUUAAAAAUUACACCAUUUAAAAGAAAUAUAUUGUAUCCAUUAUUCC